CUCUCCAGCGUCCGGCCGCCGUUUUAUUUGCCUGUUGGGCAUCCUGAUCGCUUUCGACGAGGUUGGCGCGUUAUGAGUUUCUGGGGGUGUACCCUGAAACCAGGGGGCAAGUAUCAACUGAAGGAAGAUUCUGGCGGAGACGUCCUUCAUUUGUCCCAGGCAUGCUUGCACCAGCCCCAAGGCGGCAAGAACUUCCUUCAGGUGAUUGAAGGUAGCAACACCUAUGCUAUUGCUUGUCUACAAAAGGACAAGAGUGAGUUCGCGUCCUUUGACCUGUUUUUCAAGACUGGCUCGUGUAGCUUUCACAACAAGGGCACCAGCGAAAUUCACCUCACCGGCUACUUUGAGCCGGAUGGCAUGCCCGAUGAUCUGGAAGACGAAGAAUCCGAAGAGGAAGAGGAAGAGGAGGAGGAGGUGGAGCCGACACCUAAGAAGCAAAAGAAAAAAUGAGCCGACUUUGCUGAGGGGGAACUUUUUGGAAAAAUGCGGGAAGUGUCC